UCAUAGCUCUUUGCAACUACUUGGGCAGACUCUUACAAACAUGUCUCAAGCUACCCUCGAUGCUGGAGCUCUCGAUGAGUUGAACUCUGUCGAGACUCGAAUUUUGUUCGACACAACCGACAAGCUUUCCUCGCUUGGAAUCGGCAAGAUCGUCAAUCUCCCCCAAAUCAUUGUCGUGGGGGACCAGUCAUCCGGAAAGUCAUCUGUCCUUGAGGCCAUCUCGCAUGUCAAGUUCCCGGUUAGCUCGGGCUUGUGCACUCGUUUUGCCACAGAGCUGGUCCUCCGCAACGGCACCCAAAGACGUGUCAAGGCAACUAUUCGGUUCCACAACGAUGUUAAACCGGCACAGGAAAUACGGGUCGACUUUUCUGAGGGGGAAGACAUUGGAAAAGUCGUUGCGGCCGCCAAAGAGCACAUGGGCCUCACCGAUUCCAACAGAGGAUUUUCCAAGGACGUUCUUCGUCUGGAGGUCGAGGGUCCAAACUUGUACCCUCUCACCCUUGUCGAUCUGCCUGGAAUCUUCCACACCGCGACAGCAAAGCAGUCAGCGGAGGGUAGAACAACGGUCAUGGAGCUGGUAGAGAGUUACAUGGAAAAGAAGAACAGCAUCAUUCUCGCCGUCAUUUCAGCAAGUAAUCAGCUCGCCAACCAGAGAGUUCUAGAAGAGGCCGCGAAACAUGACCCUGCCAGAGAACGUACGCUUGGGGUCAUUACCAAGCCAGAUCUACUCCACCCAGGAUCACCAGACGAACUCGAAUACCUUCAAGUAGUUAGAGGCCGCGAGGCUGUUCACAACCUCCAACUGGGAUGGCAUGUGUUGCGCAACCUUCCAGACUACGGUAUAUCAGAGGUAGAUGCUGAAUCUCGGGACGUAGUCGAGAGAAAAUUUUUCGAAUCCGGAUCCUGGGCGUCCAUACCGGUAAUUCACCGAGGUAUAUCUGCUCUGCGGAAACGCCUCAGCCAUAUCCUUCAUGAUCAUAUCAAGAAAAACCUUCCAAGUGUUCUUCAAGAGAUUCAGGGAAAGCUGACUGAUAAUGAGACUGAGCUCGCACGCUUAGGGCAGGCCAGAUCCAGUGCUGCAAGUAUGAGAGCGUAUCUCGUGGACAUUGCGGGAGAGUUCGAGAGACUUGUACGCGACGGCAUUCAGGGCCAUUACAGUGAUCCAUUCUUUGGUGGAUUCGAUGGGACUGAUCGGAAGUUACGCUCUCACCUGCGAAAUUUCAACCGAGCCAUUCGUCACAUCCUAAUUAUGCAGGGGUCAUUGCAGAAGAUUUCCCCGGGCGUUUCUGGAACGAAGAGACGGAGGACCAUGCCUCUACAUCUUGAAGAGUUUCUCGAAAAGCAUCCAUACGACCUUCCCAUGCCAGAACCAAUUACUUGGUCAGAGAUGGCCACUCAAUUGGAGCGGCAAGCGGCCGCAAAUCAGGGUACCGAGUUUCCCGGAUAUGCCAACACGACCUUGAUUGUGCAGCUGUUUCAGAGACAAUCGAAGCCCUGGGAGGCCGUCGCCAGGCUACACCUGAAGAAAGUCAUCAUUGUUGCGAAGGCAUUCGUAGACCAGGCGUUUGAGCACGUAGCUGGACCCUUGGGCACCUGCAGCACCACUUCCACCAUUUUGUCGACUUGCGUCGAUCCUUUUUUUGACGCAAAGGAGGAAAUCCUCGAGAACAAGUUGCGAGAGCUUCUUCGACCCAUCCAAGAGGGAUACGCACUACCUCUUGACGCUGACUUUCAGGAAGCUGUGGAUCGCAGGAUUUCUGAUCGUGACUUGGACGAUGCCUCGGAGGAUUCCGACAACGAUGACUCAGACGACGACAGCUCGGAAGGCUCCCAACGCACGGGAACGGACCUCCCACAUCGACGCACUGAGUUUGGGACCGGGUGGGCCAUAGAAACAAUGCAAACUUUCUACGAAAUGACAUUGCGCACAUUUACAGAUAACCUGAUCAACCUUGCGUUAGAGAGCUGUCUCAUUCAAGAGCUUCCAAGAAUUCUAACACCAAAGGACGUCAACGCAAUGGAUGAUACAAGGUUAGAGGAGCUCGCGGCCGAGUCGGAGGAAAUUCGUGUGCGACGCACACAGCUACAGAGCGAUAUCAAGCUUCUCAAGCAGGGUCUAGAUCAAUGCCGCCGAUAUAGGCCCAGAGGCGUGACAGUUCAACCCACUAGUCCCACGAAGAGCGUUCAACGGGAAAUUGAUGGACUGUUGUCUACAAAUGCUACACUUCACCACCAACGAUCAAGCCCAGCACCCAAACCCAAGGCAAUUCCUAUCGUCAGACCAUCCACGGAAUCUGACGAGCUGGUCAAUUCUACCCCACCUAAGAAGACGAAAAGACUAGUGGUCAAAUUACCUCCCCCCAGAAGCCAUGCGCCAACUGCCGAGAAGUAUAAAAUGAACUUAACAACAAAGGAUAGCGGACUCCGGGGCAAUACGUAUAAGAAAACCGCCGGGUUCAAUGACAGAACCAGCACCGCAUUGGAUCCGAGCCCAACUCAGCCUCAUUCAAGUUCCGGUAAUACAGACGGGACAUCGAGACGAUCUUCAGAGGAUCCAAAAACGUUCCGCUUUGACAACGGUUUUGGAGGGCUAGAAGUCAAGGAAAGCAAACCUCUCUUCGGAGGGUUCAGUGGGAGCCCAAGUCGUCCCUUCAACUUUGAGUCUCAAAACCCUACCGCGGUGACUUCACCAUUCGGAUCCAGCAAAGGAAAAGUUCAGGGUGAGAAGACCGGCCUUUUUGCAUCGAUGCAGUAGAAAGCUUUCUUCUCCGGCUGACCUACAGAAAGACCGUGAACAAUUCACAGGGGCAACCGCCAUACUCGACAGCAGCCCGAAGAUGCUGCAUGCUCCCCUUGCUCCAUGGACGAGCCAUGAAAGGCCUGGGGAGAUUUACGGCGGGAGGGAAAGGUUUGGUCACAUUUGUUCCUCGGAGACCUUCAGGGACUUUUCACCUGAAGAAAUUAGACUGGCAACUUAUAAAUUACUCUCGCAUUCCUAACCACUGGACAACUGGCCAUCGUGCAGUUUUUCUUAUGAGAACAGAUCUGGUAUCCAUAGUUAGCUGAAUUAAUUCCAG